CAGGGUGCUCGUCAGUGGACCAAAUACUGCCUCACUCGCUCAGCCGGCAAGGUCUACAAGCAUGCACGAAGUCCACAAUCCUACUGCCUCUCACUCCAACAAUCCCGUCUCAGCAGUUCCAACACCUGUCCCACCUCUACCCAAAACCUUCUCCCUACAAACGCUCCAGGGAGGGAGUAUUGUGGGACACGUUAUCGCUGUGUGCGUCAUCGUAUGCCUGCAUGUCUGCUCGCCAGGAUUGGGAGGUACGACCGUACAACUCUGUGUGCAGCGACCGUACAAACAGUGGCCAAUCAUUAACCUCUAUUUAA